AUGCCGAAGCGCGGGAAGAAGAAGGAGGAGAGCGGCAGCGGGGACGAGGCCGGGCCCGGCCCUGCCAAGGUGGCCAAGGCGGCCAAGGCGGCGCCGGCCCCGCUUUACGAGGACCCGCCCACCCGCGAGACCACGCCCGAGGGGCGGCGCUGGACCCUCAAGGUGACCUCGUGGAACGUGGACGGGCUGCGGGCCUGGGUGCGCAAAGGUGGCGUCCAGCAUAAUUCUGCUCCCCCCUCCCCCCGCCCCCCCGGGUACGAUGUAGUCCGAUUUAGGAAUUCCUGGUCUGAUUUGGGGCCCCCUCAGUGGGUGCAGGAGGAGGCCCCGGACGUGCUGUGCCUGCAGGAGACCAAGUGUGCGGUCUCGGCCGUGCCCCCCGAAAUCCGGGCCCUGCCGGGGCUCCCCCACCAGUUCUGGUCCAGCGCCAAGGACAGGCCGGGCUACAGCGGCGUGGGGCUGCUGGCCAAGACCGAGCCACUCAACGUCACCUACGGCAUCGGUGACCCCGAGCACGACGUCGACGGCCGCGUGGUCACGGCCGAGUUCCCCUCGCUCUUUGUCGUCUCCGCCUAUGUGCCCAACGCCGGCCGGGGCCUGGUGCGCCUGGAGCCGCGGCAGCGCUUCGACGCCGCCUUCCUGGCCUUCCUGCGGCGCCUGGACGCCCGCAAGCCCGUGCUGCUCUGCGGCGACCUCAACGUGGCGCACGCCGAGAUCGACCUGUGCCACCCGCGCGCCAACCGCGCCAACCCCGGCUUCACGCCGCAGGAGCGCGACGGCUUCUCCCGCCUGCUGGCCGCCGGCUUCGUCGACUCCUUCCGCCACCUGUACCCGGAGGCGCGCGGCGCCUUCACCUUCUGGACCUACCUGGGCGGCGCGCGGGCGCGCAACGUGGGCUGGCGGCUCGACUACGCCGUGCUGUCGCGGCGCCUGCUGGGCUCCCUGUGCGACUCCAAGAUCCGCAGCGCCGUGGCCGGCAGCGACCACUGCCCCAUCACCGCCCUGCUCGCCGUCUAG